GGCGGUGGGAGCGGACGGGACCGGACUGGCCAUGGCGGGGGUCCCGGCGGGGGUCCCGGCGGGGGACCCGGCAGAUGCCACGACGGGGGACGGGCGCGUGCGGGCGCUGCAGAGGGAGGUGCAGGGGGUCACCACCAUCAUGACCCAGAACGUGGAGCGGAUCCUGGCACGGGGGGAGAACCUGGAGCAGCUGCACAGCAAGAGCCAGGACCUGGAGGCCACUUCAGAGCACUUCCGCACCACAUCCCAGAAGAUGGCCCGGCGCUACUGGUGGAAGAACGUGAAGCUGCUCGUCAUCCUCGGCCUCGUGGGCGCCAUCGUCCUCAUCCUCAUCAUCCUCCUGGCCACCGGCACCAUCCCCACGGGGACACGGCCACCCUGGGGCUGAAUACAGAUGG